GUGCAUCUACUUCUGCCUGACUGUGCAUUGAAGUCAACUGACUAUGGAUAGCCCUGUGCGUGCUAGUGUUCGUACAUCGGAAGACGACAGGACCUCACACAUCUUCACCGAUCUGAGGUCACAUGACGACCUCUUACUUCCUGUCCAAGGGUCAAAGAGGUUAAAGUACACAUGUAUUACUUGCUGUCGUCAGUACAUAGCACUGGGAUCAUCACAUGGCGGUCUCUAUAUCUUCCAGAGGGAUACACUCAAAUACUUGAUGCAGAUUGGUAACAAGGAAGGACUCACAAAAGCUCUUUUCUCUCCAAAUGAAAAAGUGAUCGGCUUGGCAACAAGUGGAGGAGCGGUCAUCGCAUGGCAGCUGAACAUUUCCUCAAGGCAGAAGGCAGAGAGACUGGUCGCUACACAGACCCAUCGUAAUCACACAAUCACCAGUCUCUGCUGGGAUGGGGCGGGGCUGAGACUAUUCUCCGGAGAUGACAGAGGGCGCAUCACUGUCACAAAUACAGAUAGCAGUAAGCCAUCAGGCCUCUUCAAGUUCCAGUCAGAGUUGGUUGUUGAUGUCGACUCUAGCGUCGUUCAGAUGGACUUCGCCGAAGAGAGACUUCUGAUCUCUACUCUGACGAGGUGCUACUUAUGCGACCCUAAAAAGCGACUCUCUUUCCAGAUUGGUUCAAAACUAAGAGAUGGUGCUUAUGGAGCUUGUUUUUUUAAUAAGAUUGGAAGUGAGAAGCCCUCUAUCUUUUGUGCAAGGCCAGGGAGCAGGCUGUGGGAGGCCAGUACACUUUGUCAAGUGCUCAACACCCAUCAGUUCAAACAGCUUCUAGCUACACCCCCGCUUCCAGUCAUGGGGAAAGGACGAGAAGUGAAAUUCUCAUCUGAUGACACCAAGCAUCCUCCCCAGUCCCUGGCUUUCCCUAUACUGCGUCCUCUCGGCAAUCAUUUCUUGGUGACGUGGAAUAACCGUGGAGUCUUUGUCUUUGAUCCUGUCAAAGUAAAUGUCCUGUUUUGGACAAAUGAUAUUUCAGGUUUAUCAGAUGUGAGUGUGAGCAAGAGCUCCCUCUACUGUUUACACAACGACGGCCGCAUUCGCAAGUACACACUCCAAACCAUCCCCCGCUGUGCUGCCUCUCUCUACCAACAAAGCCUGCUGGUCCAGUGCUCUCGACUAGUCUUGCGAUUCCAGGCACAGUUCCAGCACUCCCGUGCCAGGCACCACAUGCCGCCACGAGUCCUGCACGAGUUGGCCAUGCGUGUGGCUGCGGAGGAAUCUAUCUUGGGCAGUGAAGUCGAGGAGCUUGCAGUGUCUGUUGAGAAGAAGAUGGUGGAUGUGUUGUCGAGGGCGAGCAGUCGGAGGAGUAGCUUUGAUUCCUACGACGGAAUGAAAUUGCAGUCCGGGAUCUACGUUGUCAGGAAGCGACUUGACAGCGAAUGCUCUGAUGACCUUCCUCUCGGGUAUGAUGCUCAUAUGGAGAGACUUCAAGGAAGCCUAGAAUGGACCAAUCAGGAUACGAUCCAAGAGACCAGUCUAACCAUGGUAGGACAAGAAUCAAGGGAUGCAACUCAGAACGAUACUAUCAACUCAGAAAUCAGAGACAAGGGAAGAGAACAUACCGUGGUCAAAGACAAGAACCUUGAGGAAGAAACCAGCAGCAGCGAUGCUGUCAUGGUAGACAUUGCUUUGGGUGAACAGAGUGGAUCUGUGCAGGACGCAGUGGACAGGCAAGUCAUUAGAGAGAAUGGACUUUGUUUGGCAGAAGUGGAUGUUUCAGGUGAAGGCUGUGUUGCGGAGGAGGAAAAUAGCAAUGUUGUUGAUUGUCAUAAGGUCAUAGAACACCAAGAGCAAUGGGACGUUGAGUCUGCUGCUGAAGAAGCAAAGGAUAUAAGCAGCAACAAGGUGGACACAUCGGAAAGAAUUACCGAUGCAACAGACCCUGGAAUGAACGCUCUGAGCCCUUUAGAUAGUAGUCAUUUAGACUCAAGUGAACCUUCAUUGGAUAUUAGGGAACAUUCCUCUGAGGAGCAUGAUUCUUGGACUCAUUCUAAUGAGAGUAACGUAUGUUCUGAUGAAAUAGAAGCUCCACGGGGGAAGGGUUUCUGGAAACAAGACGCGGAGAAGGUAGGAUCUGUGACGAAUACAGAUGGCCAGAUCCAGGUCCAAAGCAAUUCCAUGGACAUGGAUCCAUCCAGUACUGCAAAUCAAACCAUUCUCACAGACAUAGAGGAACCUGAGGAACUUCCAAUUGAAGUGCAAGGUGAGGAAGAAAGUGGCCAGGUGAUGAUGGAUGAUCUGACUGAGAGCGAUAGGUCACAUCAGGGUCAGAUGCUGCAAGAGAAGGGUAAAGCUUUAGACAUUACUGAGGAUGAAGAGGUCCUCGUAGGUGAUUGUUCUCAAGAGGAGCAUGGUAAAACCAGUGGCCCAGGAGCAGAUUCUGAAGAAGCCGUGAAAGAAUUGGAAGCAAGGACUCAAGAUGCAAUUACAGUAGGAGGAAUUUCGUUUGAACAACUUGCGAUCAGAAGCAGUGGGGUGGACAAGCCUGUGGGUAUAUCUGAAAGCAAUCAAAUGGAAUCUUUAACGAGUAACUCAGAGGAUAAUCACAACCUGAAGUUGGAAGGUUCUGACCUACAGAAAGACUCAAAGACUGACUUAGAUGAUAUUCAUUUGUCUGAGCUGAGAGACAAGGAUGUCUGUAUAGAGGAGACUGCAAAGGAAGCAGAAGACAUUGAAAACCAAAGAUAUGCAACAGGUGCUGAAGCAGGAGAAACCAAAGAAUCGUUAAGUGUAAACACAACCAUAUUACCGGACGUGUGCCUUUUGAGUAAAGAAAUCAAAGCAAAUGAUGAACCUGAGGAAGUCCAAUUUCAGGAAGUAAUGAACCAUACAACAGGAGAGGAAUUGCACCAUUCCAGACUGGAUGAGAAUGUGAGUAAGAUCAACCAAGAAAGCAUUUCAGUUGAUGUGUCUGGGUUUGGGCUGGAUGUGUCUGGUUUCGGGCUUAGCCCAUCGGAUGACUCCUUUCCCUCUUCCACAAGUGAGGUAGAAGAGACCCUUCCUCAAAACCAAAGCUGUCAUGUCCUAGCGCAUUCCGUUGGAAAUGCGAAUACACCUCAUCAGAGAGAAGACAUUGCUUGUCUUGGUGAAGAAUCUGAUCAAUCUGUUUCUAAUGAUGACGAUCUUGUUCAGGAUAACCUCGCUUCAGUCAGUGUCACUGUGGUGAAACCAGUUGACCAAUCAGAAGAAUCUUGCAGUAGACCUCUCAAGUUGAGGCAUUCCCCGGACCACCCAUCAAUUGAUGACAGCAUCCUUUCAACGUCUUACACCUCCAAAGACUCCAGCGUUGACAGCUCGUUUAGCUUAUCAAGCACCACAGAGUCAACCAUGUCACCGCUUUCAAUUCAGAUUCCCGAUGCUUCAAGGAAAUCCAGUUCAGCCGAGAACCUGGAGAUUGUCAUUGAGGAUUAUCUUGAGAUGGAGGAAGGAGAUGCCCAGUUUCCAGAUGCUGAAACGGAACUGAUCAAGUCUGUAACAAGGAGCCAGUACACCCAGCGAGAGAGUAAGGUGAACAUCGACCGAUCGCAGAGUCUGGAGAAACUUCCUGAGGAAUCGUCGGGAAGGCAAACCCCAUCGGAAUCUCCUAAGCGGAAAAAGACGAAGAGUAGGGUGAUUGAUAUCACCGCAACAGUUUCAAGGAAGCCGUCCCCUCUACAGUCCCCAGUCCCUGGUUCUGUCCUUUACCGACCGACAAGUCUACCAGACCUCUCCCCCCAUUCCUCAUCCCAGCCUCGCUCCAUCAAAACGACCCCUUCACCCACCAUCCCUUCCCCAGCUUUGUCUCCCAAGAAGGAAGCACAGAGACCCUCGCCGGUAAGCUCCACCCUGCCGUCCCCCAACGUGAUCAUAGCCGCAGCGUCGGGGUUACCUCAUUCAAGUGGAUUGAUGGAAACGCAGCAGAUUAUCUUGAACUCUACUGCUCAGAUUAAUCUCAAAUCUGUCAAAGACAGCCUCGCCUCCAAAUUAACCAAGACCAAGACCUUCCUCCAGUCCAUCGGCGACAGCAACCCCCUCUCACCCAAGGAAGAGGAGCGUUCUGCACCCCCUCUCCAGCCACGCCCUUCCCCCUCCUCGAGCCCCAUCUUGGCCAGUCCCACACACAGGAAAGUGUCCUCCUCAGCGAACCAGCACAAGGAGAUUGCCUUUCAGCAGUCUACUGAGAGGUUCCAGCCUCCGCCGGGAACUUCACCUUCGCCUGGAGCUUGUUCACCUGAUAAUGGGGGAUUUUCACAAGAGAGUGAAGAAAUCGAAAUUGAUUCCAGGCUCGAUGAUGUGAUUGAAGCUACAAAGACCGCUUGCAAGCAAAUCUCAGAAUACCCUUAG